ACCCCGUGCAAAUCAGAGGAGCGUUACUUAAGAGAGAGAAAACCGAGGAGCGUUACAUUGAUUCAAGCAUUCCUCAUUUCCUCCGCGUAUUCCUCCCGUUUUCUCUCUCCUUCGAUCUUCUUCAUCUUCCUCAAAUCCUCUCCUUCCUCAAUCCUCUCCUCGAUCUUCUUCAUCUUCUGCAACAUGGGUUUUAGAGUUUCUAGGAAAUUUUUUCAUUGGAGGAGAGAGAUUCAAAUAAGAAACUUUCGUGAUAAAUAAUCAAAUUUAGGGGUUUAGGGAAGGGGAUUCGAUUAUAGAUAAGAACAAAUUGAAGGUCGAUAAUGGAGGAGAGAGAAAACGAUGGCGGGUGAUGGCUCCUUGAAGGCGGCGGCGAUGGCGGCUCACCUUCGAUUUCAUCCUUUCAGAUGAUCCUGGUUCCUCACAGCUUUCGCCAAAGCGGCAAAAAGCUUCCAAACUGGGAUGGUUUCUUAGUGCAUACUUCCUUGGAGGAUAUAGUGCUAAAUUUUGGUGCAGGAUGGCUUCUUAGUGCAUACUGCUAAAUUUUGGGCCUUGGGUAUACCGGUAAGUCCGUUUUUUACCUAUGUGAUUUUGUUAGAAUAUUUGUGAUGAGUUUUGAACCUAUUUGUUCUGAUAUAGCAUUGUUGGUGUAGGUGUUAGGUGUUGGUGUUAGGUGGCCAUAUUUGUUCUAACUCAUUUAGAUUUUUUCCUUGAAAUUUUGAAUUGCUCAUGGAUUGAAAGUUUUAUCGUUUCUGCAAAUUCUUGAAGUUAAUCUUUUCUAAAAUCUAUUUUUUGUAAAAUUAAUCAGAUGUAUUUAGUAAAAGUUGAAUUUUUAUCUCAAAUUUAAAUGUUUCGGUGAUUGCAUUUAAUCAUUGUCUUUAAUUUUUCUUUCAAAUUAUUCAUUUUUCUAUAUUUUUCCAUUUUUGUUUACUUGGCCGAAGAGGAAAUACUUAGAUAAGCUUUUGUUGUACCUCAUUCAUUUUCUAUAAAAUUACUCCGUAUUUGUGAAAUUGAAUUUCAAAUUUGCAUACUUGGUUCAGAAUUGUUAAUUAGGUUUUACAAUUUCACUGUUCAAUUCCUUAAUCAGUUAUUAGAGUCUGAUUAUUGAAAGUUUGAAAUAUGUUUAAUAAACUUUGUUUGAUGAAAUUGAAUUACUGAUCUUUGAAAUAUGUUUAAUAAACUUUGUUUGAUGAAAUUGAAUUACUGAUCCUCUAUUGUAACAAAAUCACAUAGCAAAGAUAUACAUCCUCUAUUUGUUGGAAGGUAAAAGCGUUUUUACAAGUCACACAUUGUGUUGCUCCUUUUUUCAUAAAGUACUUAGCUGCCUGACUAACUAUUUUUAGAAACUUUGGUAAUUGUGUAACCUGCAUGGAGUGUGAUUUUGUAGUAUCUGCGAUUCUAUGGAGACAAUGAUUUUCCUUCUCUUUUCUGAAGUGGUUUGCUGUCACAUAACUUUUUUGUCUUAUUAUUUCAGCGUAGGAUUAAUUGUUCUUGGUGCAUUCAUUGCUGGUGCCCGAGAUCUGUCUUUUGAUGCUUACGGUUAUGGAAUUGUAUUUCUGGCCAAUAUUACUACGGCUAUAUGCCUUGCAACUAUUGCUCGAAUUGGUGAUACAUCAUUGUUCUCAUUCAUUUGCCUUAUAUUCUAUAUGAUUUCUUAUAUUAAUGCUUAUAUAACCAUUUUUCUCCCAGGAAAGUUCAGUGGCCUUAAUAGUUUUGAACUUAUGUGGUGUAAUGGUAUUCUUUGUGGACCAAUAUUGCUGUUUUGGACUUAUGUGAGAGGUGACAUGGAUCUCACCUUCAACUUUCCGUACUUGCUAUCACCUGGUUUUCUGUUUGUAGCUCACAUGCCCUGGCGUCAAAUGACAUACAAGUUUUUGAAAACCAUUAUUGACGAUCUCUUUGCCUUUGUAAUCAACAUGCCCACACUUCACCGGCUUUUAGUUUUCCGUGAUGAGUGUUCAUCUUAAAGCCGCGUAAUUAUUGCUGCGUGUGACUCUUCUGUGUUACAACUUCAAUUUUGCCGUGUGUAUUGAUUUAUUUUCCGGUGGAUUAGGUUGAUUUCAGAUCUGUAAGCUGUUGUAAUUAGGGUUUUCCAUUGUUGGAUAUGCAUAUCGAGGAUUUUGAAGCAGAAGAGGUGUUGGCAGGUGCAAUGUUUCCGUUAGUGUUCAAAUGGUUCGUUCACAAUUGUUGGACAUUUCACACCUGUUAAACAUUUUCCAUUUUUGAAUUCGAUUUGUUGGAACAAUUGCGAACAUUUUCCACUUUCAGUGAUGUAGUUUUGAUUUUUCGUUGUGAUAUAUUAGUUGUAAAAACUCAAUUUUAAGUUUUUUUUAAUAAUUUUGCACACAUCGUGGCGGGUUGAA